GCGGGCGCGGGGGCGCGCGGGAGCCCCGUCACACAAGAGCCGGGAUGGCGGUGUGUGCCCGGCUCUGUGGGGUGGGUCAGUCCCGGGGCUGCCGGCGGCGGCAGCAGCGCAAGGGCCCGGCUGAGGCGGCGGGGGCGGCGGCCGAGAGCGAGCCCGAUACGGACCCGGAGGAGGAGAGGAUCGAGGGCGCCCCGGUCAUGCCGAAGCCGUCGGGGGCCUGCGGGUCCGUGGGGCACGGGGGCGCGGGGGACCCAGGGGCGGGCCUGGCGCCGGGGGGCGCCGGGGGCACUGGGGGUACUGGGGGCUUGGCCUCGGCCUGCCCGCAGCCCCCGCAGCCCCCGGCGCGCUGCUCGCUCCUCGAGCUGCCCCCCGAGCUCCUGGUGGAGAUCUUCGCCUCCCUGCCCGGCACCGACCUGCCCAGCCUGGCCCAGGUCUGCACCAAGUUCCGGCGCAUCCUCAACACGGACACCAUCUGGAGGAGGCGCUGCCGGGAGGAGUAUGGUGUAUGUGAAAACUUACGGAAGCUGGAAAUUACUGGUGUGUCCUGUCGAGAUGUCUAUGCCAAGCGUAUAAAUCCACGAGUGAAGUCGGGACGUUUUAUGAAAAUUCUUCCCGAUUACGAGCACAUGGAAUACAGAGAUGUUUACACCUGCCUGCUUCACCGAUAUAGACAUAUUUUGGGAUUGUGGCAGCCAGACAUUGGGCCGUAUGGAGGGCUGUUGAAUGUUGUGGUAGACGGUUUAUUUAUCAUUGGUUGGAUGUAUCUGCCUCCCCAUGACCCCCAUGUGGAUGACCCCAUGAGAUUUAAACCUCUAUUUAGGAUUCACUUAAUGGAGAGAAAGUCUGCAACUGUUGAGUGUAUGUAUGGCCACAAAGGGCCCCAUAACGGUCACAUUCAGAUUGUAAAGAAGGAUGAGUUUUCUACCAAGUGCAACCAAACAGAUCACCAUAGGAUGUCUGGUGGGAGACAAGAGGAAUUUCGAACAUGGCUGAGAGAAGAAUGGGGACGGACCUUGGAAGACAUUUUCCAUGAACACAUGCAGGAGCUUAUCUUGAUGAAGUUCAUUUACACCAGUCAGUAUGACAACUGUCUGACAUACAGAAGGAUCUACCUCCCGCCUAGAAGACCUGAUGAUCUCAUCAAGCCAGGCCUCUUCAAGGGAACUUACGGGAGUCAUGGCUUGGAGAUCGUCAUGCUGAGCUUCCAUGGGAAAUGUGCCAAAGGAACAAAGAUAACGGGCGAUCCCAAUAUUCCUGCGGGACAGCAAACUGUGGAAAUUGACCUCAUGCAUCGAAUCCAGCUGCCGGAUGUCGAGAACCUCCGUAACUUCAAUGAGCUCUCUCGUAUCAUCCUGGAGGUACGAGAGCAAGUCCGUCAGGAACAGCAGCAGCAGCAACAGGAGGGGCAGGAGGAAGGGCAGGGCCAUGCCCGGUCAAGCACCAGAGAAUGUCCACCAGGCCCUGCUUACCAGAAGCCAGAGCCGCCUGUGCCCACUCCCUCUCAGGGCGCAGAAGGAGGAGGUGGGACCGAGAAGGGUCUGGAGGCCUCGGGAGGUGUGCCACGAGCGGCCCCAGAGCAAGCUCCGUCUGAGGCUGGGCAGCCUUUUGUGUUACCUGCAGGAGUGAUCUCCAGAAAUGAAGACUAUCCUCGAACAUGUCGGAUGUGUUUCUACGGCACAGGCCUGAUAGCGGGACAUGGCUUCACCAGUCCGGAGCGGACUCCAGGCAUCUUCAUCUUGUUUGACGAGGAUCGCUUUGGGUUCAUCUGGCUGGAACUGAAAUCCUUCAGCCUCUACAGCAGGAUCAAGGCCACUUUCCAGAAUGCUGAGCCCCCUUCCCCAGAGGCUUUUGAUGAAAUGCUCAAGAAUAUUCAGUCGUUGACAACUUGAUGGUCUACUUCUCCUCAAAGAGGGAGACUCGCUGGAAGGGAAUAUCUCAUCUCCUUUGGCUUCUGGAGGAUGAGAUCAGACUCGCAGACAUUGCUAUCUAGGACUCGAAGCAGCAUGCACUUUUGAAAUAAGGCCUUUUUACCAAAAUGCACACUUUAUUGUCAAAGGAGUAUAAAUUCAAGCACCCUUCCUUGAAGUACUUUAUAUGUAGUGUGUAAUAUAGACCUGUAUCUUUGCCAAUAACCUUUGGAGAAGAACACUGAGCAUGUCGCCACUUAAACAGAACACAACUCAAUCAGAACAAGACCAAGAGGAGCAGUCCAGGGGUUUGCCAAGCAGGUAGAUUGAGGCAGGUGGCCUGUCUUUGGCUUCUGACAGCUUUCCAGGGAAAACAAAUCCUGUUUCAGGGAGGUUUGUGCUGUUGUGUCAGAAAUCUCUUUGACUCACACAGUGAUGAAUCUGCCGCUAGUUAGCAGAAGGUUGGUCAGAAAGUGAUGGCUGAUGGCUGCUCUGCCUGGGAUCAAACAAAAAAAGAUCAUGACUGGAGAGCUGAGCGGAUGGGGCAGGCUGUCCUUGGAAGAUGAGAAUAUGAAUUAUUUAGCUUGGGUGUGGCCAUUUCUAGUAAAAAGAACCUUUGGGGAGGCAGUCGAAUCCAGUGGCUAGAAUGCCAGCUUUGGAGUUUGGAAGCCUGGGCUGUCUUCCAGGUUCUUCUGCUGACUCAUUUAGACUUUGGACAAAACACUUAACCUCCAACCCGAGCUUCUCCAUUUGUAAAAUGAAGCUGAUACUUGGCACUUGAAUGUCAGAGUGCUCUGAGAUUCUUAGCGGAGCAGCCACAUACAAAUACAAAGUAGAGUGAAAAGAAGAAAAUAGAGCCCAUUCCCCCUCCUCCUGUUACCCACAGAGCUUGCUUUGUACUCUGUGUCAUCCAUAUGCUAGUUCAGAUGACUGUCUUCACAGUCACACCCAUGUCUGUGUUUGUAAAAAGCUCACAUUGCAUUAAUUUUGAGAUAUGCCGUGCUUUCUACACCUGUGUUGUGAUACUGGGAAUGAGGCAUUAGGCCAGAUAAUUCUUGGAGGGCAAGGUGUAAGGGAAGUGCCCAGGGAUUGGCAUCUUAGACAGCCGUGUCACAGUCACUUAAAAUUGGAACCUAUUUAGAUUGGUGCUGGUUUCCACUCACGGUGUUUAGUAGUUGAAACGGAUGUUCCUCAAAGGCCUUUGGUUUGUAUGUGAAUUAAGUCCCAGGGUUUGAGAAAUUUUGUCCCAAGACAUGCUGGAUACUUUGUGAGUGAUAGCUAGUGAGUACCAUCUAUCCCCUGAGCUUUCUUUGCCAUCAUCUGACACUUUGUUGUGGAUGGGUUAUGUCAUGAUAGAGUAAAUACUGUCCAUUUUCAGGUUCCAGCUUUAAUAUUGCCAUUAUUUUUACUGUCUUAUUAAGAACCGUGACUAAAACCCAGGUUUUACCUUUUGCUUUCUAGCCAACUAGGAUUUUUUUCUGUACUGAUAAGACUCUUAUGGAGCGUGCUCAAUUUUUAUUUUUUUUUGUCCUUGUGGCACAUGUGGUUGAUACGAAUUCUCUCUGAUCUCUUUGGCCAAUUUAUUCCAUUUGGCAGUUGGAUCUAGUGGAAGAAGGGGUGGUUUGAUGGUGUCCUUGCUGAGAGGCUAGACCUUUGCCUUAGAUUUUCUUAGGGAACUCUUGUGUAUUUCUGUUUCUUUGGUGAUAGCUCCUAAUUGGCAUCUUUCAGUUUGAUGUAAGAUUAUCCCAGAUUUAGUAUUCUGGGCACUGGCCUUAAUCAGCUUAUCCUUUAUUUUUCUUAGGUUCUCAUACAACCCUGAGAGUAAUAUAUUGAAAAGCUCUUGAAGAGCCCUUCUUUGCUCCUGCAGAGAGCACCGGUCACUUGAAGGGAGUGUGUGUCUUGAGAUGCACAAGAGAGGUCUGAUUAGGACUAAGUGCCCCUGCUUGUCUUUGCCACUCUAACCACAGAAUCUAAAAGGACUUUUCUGUACUGGAUUCUUCUCUGUGAAGCAGGGAGGUGAAGCCCGGAGCAGAAAUUAAAUGUUUUAUACUAGAUAACUUUUUGUUCUUAUCUUGACAAGACUGACUAAAAGAAGCCUUAGCAUCUGUCUCAUCCUGACACUUAGGGCAGUGAUUUUGGAGAAAGUAAAAGCUAAGGGUAGUUGAGUGCACCUUUUUGGGUUUCAGCCUUGUUUCAAUAAAUUCAAUUAAAAAGGUAUUUUUUAAUAAGACACUUGUACCUGACCUAGUAGACUGCUGACUCUCCCAGAGUUAUUACCGCUUAGCAUGUCAGUACACCCAUGGGCCUUUUCUAUGGAUCGAAGGUGAGGACUUGGACUUAUUCAGGGCGAUGGCAUCAACACAAAUCCUCUGCCUCUUUGGUCAGUGUCAGUCAGGGAGUCCCAUGACCAUUUAUUUGGACUGGGAGUCUCUGCUUUGGCUGAGGAGCAGCUUGUGCUGGACCAUAGGGAAUGCUGUGGCCACUGGGGGCAGAUGUUUACUGCAGGAGGGCUCACGUGGGCCAGCACCUUCCAAGCUGGCAUUUUCCCACAGGGGAUGGUCUGUACUGACUACGAGGGUGCUUUGGUUUCCCAGAAACCAUCCUUUUGAUUCUAGGCUAUAUCCAUGUAAAUGGGAAAUUGCCCAAAAUUACAUGUGGAAAUUAUUAUAUCUGUAAAUUUCCUAGUGAGGAGGAGGGAGAACUUCAUAUUAGAAAGGCUGUUAUGGCACGGUGGUUUAAUCACACUCAUUUUGAAAUUUGUGGUUAGCUUUACUUUUUACUGAGGUGAGAAUUUGGUCCAGAGUGCCAACAAAAGUCAAAACAUUGGUGAUCAAACACUUGAUGGAAAUUUCAGUUUUCCUGUGGAAAAACCAGGACAGCACUUUCUACAGCAUGCAGUUCUAUUUAUGGUCAGGUUGUGAUCCUCUAUGGGAGCACAUGAUGUAGCUUCAGUAUUUGGUUUUUGGGGAAGUUAAUGGUUCCAUCUGGAGAGUCUCUUGACUUCUUCAACCUCCUUUUUUUGUUUUUUGUUUUUUGGGGGUUUUUUUGGUGAGGCAGUUGAGGUUAAGUAACUUGCCCAGGGUCUGAGCCGUAUUUGAACUCAGGUCCUCCUGAAUCCAGGGCCGGUGCUCUAUCCACUGCGCCACCUAGCUGCCCCUUUCAACCUCCUUUUGCGUCAGUGAUUACUUUUAUUUGCAAACUCUGCCCCUUUUGCAGCAUGGUGGUAGAUUGAAUUGGGAUAGGUUUAUUGUAAAUCUCUUGAUACUUGAAUACAGUCCAUUUUUGGUUAUUCCCUUGGAGUCUAAGAGUUGAUGCGAUCGAACCUGACCAGUCAUUAACUGAUAUUUUUGCCUAUGGGAUAUGAAUGGAAAUGUUGAAUUUAGCAGUAGUUUAAAUGAUGGUGGUUUGCUAGGAUCUCACAACUUGACCAGUUGGGUCCAUCCUUGGAAUGCAAACAUGGUUAGCAUUUGUAUCAAGAGUAAUUGAAGGAACAAUGGUUUAGCAGUCUUUCCAUCUUUUCAUUGACCUUUGUGCCCAUCUUUAGUGCCUGCUUUCUACUCUUGAUAGGAGCUCAGCUGAUUUUAUCCACCUUCUCUUCCUUGUUCCUUCCCCUUACUCAGCCUUUGAAACACUGCCUUAAAUUGUGAUAAAUCUAGUUGGCAAGUUAGGACGGGAGGGUUGAGCAGUGUUCUAGAAUGGUUUCCACCCAGUCCAGAAAUAGCCCUGCUUCAUCUUAGGCAGUUCUUGGAGAGCUUGGGAAAAGGGCCUCUUUGAUCGUGAUAGGGUUAUGUGUUCAGAUGUUUUCUUUUCCACUGAGUCUUCUGGGACGGGGCUGGGCAGUGGGGAGUGGUUGGGGGUCCACCAAGCAAGGUCUCUUGUGGUACCAGUUAUGCAAAGUCAUGGUUCUUUGAGGGUCAGUUUCCAUCUUCAGGAUCAAAUGGGAUAAUAUGUGUAGAGUGCUUUGUAAACCUUUAAGUGGUAUAAAAAUUUUAGCUAUUUUUUCAUGCAUGGCUGAGGUGUCUCCAUGAUUCACCCACCCUUCUGUGCUUCGUUGUUCAACCACUUUUCUACUUCUUAGUUAGGAAGAAACAGAGAAGAGGCAAAACUUAGCUCUGCUUCUCUUUGGGGGACGCAUCUGUUGUUACAUGGGAGGGGAGUGUCUUGGGAAGUAGCCAAAAUUAGUCUCUUGGAUUGUCUUGAGUUCAUUUGUCCUCUUGUCAUGCAUAGUUGAACUGGCUGUUUGGUAUGGUAGUGGUAGUAUUAAGAUGCAAACUGCUGGAGAAAUUGUUUACCCGCUAUAUUUAAGACAAGUGAUAGUGUCAAUCAGAAUCAUUACUAAUGGUGUGUCCACUAAGAGUGUCCCAGCUUUAAAACAUUUUUAGGAGAAUACUGUCAUCUCCCUCUCCUGGGUAAGGAGAUAAGGUGCUAUCUCCUUCCCCUCUCUUUCCCCUUGUUCUCUGGUUCAUUUUCAGGAGUUCAUAGCCUUUUGGUGUCAUGGACUCUGAGCCUGUGUACUUCUGCUUAGAAUAAUAUUUUCUUACCUACACCCAUAAUUAGAGGAAAUGCUAAAUUUCAGCUAACAGGUUACUGAAGAUAAAGAUGGAAUUUUCUUUCCCCUUCCGAGUUCCUGGACUCCUUGAGCCAGGUUAAGAACCUUCCCUGGGUUAAUUGACAGCCACCUUAUUUGUCUUUGCGAGGCAAUUACCUCAUAAUUGUGUGUUCAGAGAGAGGCUAGAAGAAGGUAAUAGACAACAUAGGUUUGAACGCUCUUGUGAGUGAUGGUGGGUUUUGUUCUAAAUUAUCACGUAGUAGGUGUAAUUUAAGUCUUAAAUUUUUAUAGGAUAAUUAUAAAUGUACAACAUUUUCAGCCAUCAAGGGAGAAAAAAGGCUGAGAUAUUUUUAAGAGAGGCCUUUGGACACACAGGAAUUGGCACUUUUAAGUACUAGCUGGUAUGUCUGACUCUCUGAAGUGAACACUAAUUUUUAAGGAGGGCCACCAGAGCCAAGCUUUAUGAAUUUGGCUUCUUUGUUGAUAUAGUUAAGGUGAAGUGUUAAAAAUUGGCCCGACUGACAGGUAUCUUACAUUAAAGACUUGGUAGGGUGGGGAAAGCGGAGUGUGCUUGGCAGUGAAGGAGGGCGGAAAUAGCUCUUUGGUCUUUCCUUACAGUUCUCGAUCUGUAAAAAAAUCCUGAAAUUGAAGGCAUCGUCCAGCAUCAUUCAAACCCUGUAACUAGUCAAUCUAGCCAGGGCAGGGCUUGUUUUACAAGGAGGUUCCCUCUGGCCAGAGCAGCACUCAUUUGGCCAUGGAUUUCUCCGUGUCCUCUAUGAUGAGGGAUUGUGUUUGUGCGUGCGUGCGUGCGUGCGUGCGUGCGUGUGUGUGUGUGUGUGUGUGUGUGUGUGUGUUGGGGGGAACUUUCUGGAUUCAUUGAGCUUCUGUACUUUUUACAUUAGACUGUUGUUACAUGGGGAGAUGUUUGAUUUUUUUUCCCUUUUCAGUUUUCAAUAAAUGAAUUUUAAACAC